AUGAGGUCAUUUGCGGGAUUACAAGCUCUGAUACCAUGGGCAGGAGUGAUUCUUAUUCAAGUUUUAUCUGCAACAAAUUCAUUAAUUACCAAAGCUGCAUUCAACAAAGGGAUGCAAUUUACUGUUUUUGCCCUUUAUAGGAAUAUCAUAGCUUCUGCAUUCUUGAUCCCUUUUCUAUAUUUCAAAAGGCCUGUAAUGGAUCAAAAUAUCCUUUAUGUCGGUUCAAAGAUGACACCAGCUAGUUUCUCAACAUGUCUUUCUGGUGUCACUUCAUCACUCAUAUUUCUUUUAGCAUGGAGCUUGGGAAUGGAGAAAGUGAAUUUGAAAGAGAGGCGUAGUCAGGCAAAGUUAUUAGGAACAGUGAUUGCAGUUGGUGGUGCUAUUCUUAUUUGCCUUUAUAAUGGACCAGCCAUUGCCAUCUCUUCCAAAUCUCAAACAUCAACUACCCAUGAAAGAUUUACAGAGAAUUGGAUUGAAGGUCCCGUGUUUGUCAUCAUCGCGAAUGGUAGUGUUCUUGUGGAGUAUCCAUCUCCUCUAGCAAUAAUAUCGAUAAUAUCAUUCUUAGGAGCAAUUAUGAAUGUUGGAGUUGCUUUAGGGUUGGAGUUCAAGCAUCCCGCUCCUUGGAUUAUCGGGUGGAAUGGAAUAAUUGUUUCAGGACUGAUGGCAUACAUUAUAAGUGCAUUGACACAAAUGAAAGGUCUAGUUUUUGUGGCGGCCUUUAGCCCAACAUCAAUGAUCCUUGUUAUGGUUAUUGGUUUCAUCGCACUAGGAGAGAGCAUUCACGUCGGAAGGUUUUAA